CACAAUCUCUACCCUAUCACCAUCUCAUUCUCCGUUUCCUCCUAUACUUUUCAGAUCUGUAAUCAAUCCAGAAGCUUCCCAAUCCUUCUCUUUUCAUUUCCACUUCCGUUUUUUCGCGCAUUUUUCUGGAUUUGCUUUUUGUGAUCUCAAUAGUAUUCAUGGCUGGGGGCGCCGAGAUCAAAGCUGCUGCGUCGCCUAACGUGAACGGGAAGGCAGAGAUCUGGAAUGAUAACUUCGAUCCUACGGCUAUUCGAGUGGAGCCGUUGCCUCCCGUUGUUUCGGAGCAUGGAGUGGAGAAGCCGUCGGAGAGGAAAAGCAGGGAGAUUGUGUUGGGGAGGAACGUGCACACCACGUGCCACUCCAUAACUGAGCCUGAAGUUAAUGAUGAGCAGACUGGCGACAAGGAAGCUCAAAUGGCUGGCGUCUUGGCUCGAUAUCGCAAGAACCUCAUGGAUCGGACAAAGCACCAUUUAGGUUAUCCUUAUAAUCUGGACUUUGAUUAUGGCGCACUAGCCCAGUUACAACAUUUCUCAAUCAACAAUCUUGGAGAUCCAUUUAUUGAGAGUAACUAUGGAGUUCAUUCAAGGCAGUUUGAAGUUGGUGUGCUAGAUUGGUUUGCCCGUUUGUGGGAAAUAGAGGAGACUAAAUACUGGGGUUACAUUACAAAUUGUGGCACAGAAGGCAAUCUUCAUGGAAUUUUAGUUGGGAGGGAAGUGUUUCCAGAUGGGAUUCUGUAUGCAUCACGAGAGUCACACUACUCUGUCUUUAAAGCAGCGCGGAUGUAUCGAAUGGAGUGUGUGAAGAUUGAUACUCUGAUCUCUGGUGAGAUUGAUUGCAUUGAUCUCAGAGUGAAGUUGCUUGCCAACAAGGACAAACCAGCUAUACUCAACGUGAACAUAGGAACAACUGUCAAAGGAGCGGUAGAUGACCUUGAUAACGUGAUACAAACCCUUGAAGAAUGUGGAUUUUCACAUGAUAGGUUUUACAUUCAUUGUGAUGGAGCUUUGUUCGGACUCAUGAUGCCUUUUGUCAAACGGGCACCGAAGGUUAGUUUCAAGAAGCCCAUUGGAAGUGUGAGUGUUUCUGGGCAUAAGUUUGUGGGAUGUCCAAUGCCUUGUGGUGUCCAGAUCACAAGGAUAGAGCACAUCAAUGUGCUCUCAAGCAAUGUCGAAUACCUUGCAUCAAGGGAUGCUACGAUCAUGGGAAGUCGGAACGGUCAUGCUCCUAUUUUCCUAUGGUAUACUCUCAACAGAAAAGGUUACAAAGGAUUUCAAAAGGAUGUUCAGAAGUGCCUCAGAAACGCUCACUACUUGAAGGACCGAUUGCAUGGGGCUGGGAUCAGUGCUAUGCUAAAUGAACUCAGCAGUACUGUUGUGUUCGAGCGGCCCAGGGAUGAGGAGUUUAUACGUAGGUGGCAGCUUGCUUGUGAAGGGAAUAUAGCACAUGUGGUGGUGAUGCCUAACGUGACCAUCGAGAAGCUGGAUUUCUUCCUGAAUGAAUUAAUGGAAAAAAGGUCAACUUGGUAUCAAGGGCAUGUUCAGUCUCCUUGUAUUGCAGCAGAGAUAGGCAAAGAUAAUUGCUAUUGUGCUCUGCACAAGUCGAAAAAAUGAUUAUCGGUCGUGAUUUAGAAUUAAUGCCCUGUUUUCGUGUAGUUUGAUAUUUGAAUUUAAUGGAAUAUGGAUUAGAUCCAGAAGUUACUCCUAUUAC